AUGGGUGCCCCAGGAUCAACUGAAUUCAUGGACAGUACAAACAAGUUUUUAUCCUCUCUUCAACUAAAACUCGAUCAAGAAGGUGCAGAUCGUGGUGCUUUGCACCAAUGGGUUCGACUCCUUCUUCGUUUCAUGGCUACAGUAGACAUGGACGGUGGAAGUCAAGGAAGCAAAUCUCGUCGUGGGGCUCCGGCUGACGAACUCCGAGAUAAGAAGGCGCUUUCAAAAGUUCAACGUCAUCUUGCCCUCCUCUUGGGCUAUGCUGAUCAAGCAUUCAAUAUACCGCCGUACAAGUUGAGAACAUCCACUGUUUUUCAUGCAUUCAUUUCUCAUGUAGCCGAUGUAUUGGAUAGAAAUCCACCCAUUGGAAGUUGUAUUCUGCAUCAAAUUUUGAUGGUAUUGCAAGUUUGUGCUUCGCCCCAGAGAUAUGCAAACGAUUGCCAGGCUCCAAACUUUACCCUACGACUGCUGGAACCGCAAAUUCGACAUCAUUGGCUCAAUACACUCAUCAUCAUUCUCUACAAGUACGAAUACAAUUCACCAUCGGGAACCAUGAAUACUUCAUCCAUUUCAACUGGCGGCGGUGGCCACAAAGCUAGUAUGGACACAUUGAAUCCCGAUUUUAUCGGUUCCCAAUUCAAUACUGGAGACACUAUCGGGAGCCUAGCAGGUGGUAGACCUUCAGGUUUUUCUCCAGGUCAUGGCGCUUCAUUCGCACCUGGUGCAAGUUUGUCCAUGGCCGCUGGUGCUUCUGGCGGUGGAGUUGGGGGCAGCUGUUACAUUAAUACUUCAUCCAAUUGCCAAUGGGGUACUAGUGGUAUUAUUGAAUAUCUGAUCCGUAUUGUACUUAACACUCUUGAGACUCAGGUGCAUAUCUGCAAAGAGAGAACAGAGGAUGAUGUUUUCGACUCACCAUCGAUGUAUCUUCCAAGAUUGAGGGAAGCCAGUAACAUUAGUGCUGAGAUAAAGUCGACACGCGAAGUUGAAGCCCCAAUUCAAGAAGACGACGAUGAAGUGAUUGUAAUGCCUGGAAUAACCAUCUCUCAGGAUAGUGCCUCUGAACACUCUUCGCCUGGUUCUGUUGAGAAGAAGGCUGCGGACAUUUCGUCAGCCAUUCCACCACCAACCACAACACCCCAACCGGAAAAGAGAACUUUCCCACAUUACACAAAGCUUUCGCGAGAACGUGAUCCUGAUUCAGUCGGGGCACUGCGUUUCACAUCACCAAUAAUGAAGAAAAAGGCGAACAGAUAUCAACAAGGAAGUAGGGAGGAUUCACAACAAACUUCUGUGGAUCUGGAUUCUUCAGAAACUAAGGAGUCACUAGACGUUCCAUCAGGCCUGGCUUCAACCGGUUAUAAGCUGUCCAAACCGGGAGCUCUAUCCGUAGAGGAAAGAGCUAUUACACCGCCAACUGUCUCUGAUUCGAGCAUUGACAGGAAGGGACCGACUGAUCAACGCGAUUCCGCCAUCCCGAAGACUGAAAUCCCUGAUCCAAGCCGAAGAGAUUCCGGAGACCAACUAGCUUCAAAAGUUAAGACAACGAAGGCUGAAUCUUGUUCCGAUACAUCCAUUCCCUCACCUUUCCUCCAACGGGACUCGAGCAAGCUCGCUGUUGCUUCUCAGUCUCGGGACCGUCCACCACUCAAUCGUGCAGUAGAGGUAGAUGACGAAAAUGGAAGUAGUAAUCUUCGCGUUCAAACGUCCUCAUCCCUUGAGGAUUCAACAGCACAACUUCGUUCCACCGCUCCACGAACAACCUCUGGUACAUUGUCUUCACGUAGAGUCUCUUCACUUCGCGCUAAGUCACCUUAUGGUGGCGGUGGUGGUGGAGUUAUGGGAGCAGCAACCAUAGCAGGUGAAAUGAAUUCUCAGGCGGUAUCUGCUUUAGCUACUGCGGCUUUGAGUACGGAACGGUGUCCUUGGUGUCAAGUCGUACUCGAAACACACGAUGAGACUACUAUUGGACUUGGACUGGUGUGCUUGGCUACUUUUGCUCACAGGGAACCUGGAUUGGCAGCUCCUUUCCUCAUCGACAUGCUAAUGGUUGCGGCGAGAAUCGCUGGUUCAACACUUUAUACGUGGCAACGAUCCUUACCAAAUGUCAUUGUGUCAGGAAACACCGCAAGUAUUGCCAGACAAUUUCUUCGCUGCACAAUGUAUAAUCUGGCUCCAAACGGUCUGUUUACUCAACUCUUUCAAACUCCAAUUUCUGAUCCGAUUCUCUUCCGUGCCAUAAUUUCCGUCUUGGUGAAUUUUGAGGAACAUAUGUCCCUCUUCCAUCCUCUAAUCUCGACAUUAGACAAUUUUAACAAGCGCAAAACUCUUCCAACAGAGACUCUGAAUACCGUUCUUGAGAAUGUGUCGACGUAUUUGGAGAAUCUCCCUCGGCUGACAGACGAGCAGAAGUGGAAUAACUUCAUAUCAUCUGGAUGGGCAGAACUGAUGCCCCUUUUUGAGACAUUCUUCCGCAAACUCUCGCAAAUACGACCUCUGCCGACAAAUCUUGCUGCUACACUUCGAUCUAUGAUAUCUAUUCUAAGAGCGCCUACGAAUUCGACUGUUAAGCAAGGAGUAACGGACGCCUUCGCUGCCAUUCUUCGUUUGGUGAUUGAACAGUGUCACAUUGACUUAUCCCUUCUCAUUGAAAUCUGUUCGCUCUCCAACCGGACCUUCAAGGAGAGGGCAAAAUCGCAGUUGACGAAAAUCGUGGUAGAGUCUCUUCUCAGUGCUAUCAAAUUUCGGGUGUACCUACCAGAUGAAAAUCUUCUUAAAACGCUGCAGCUUGUAAUCAUGGAUGCCGGUGGAACGCUUGAACCAAAUCAAAUCUCACCUGGUUUAACAGAUAUCUUCAAUCCGCAGACCUUCCAUCUCUUCUCAACCGGAGCUGCGGAGUUGAUGCGACCUCAUAUUGUGGAUUGCUUAAAUAUUCUUUCAGAUGUUCAUAUGAUCCGAAAGGUUAAACAAGCUCAAAAGACGGCUGCUCAACCACUGCAAUCAGUAAAUCCGUCCGAUUUUUGUGGACCCGGAGGAAACAAUCAUUGGUCAUCUUCAAGUGGACUUUUCAGCAAUAGUGGAGUUCAGAAUCCAGGUUUCGCUUGCUCUUCCAGUGGGAUGCCACCUGCAGCUGCAAAUGUCCCCUCUCUGCAUGAGGACACUAUUGGAGCUCAUCUAAAAUCCGGACUUGCUCAAUAUGUUGCUCUUGAACUUUCCCGCCACUCAAACAUAAAAGAUGAAGAUGUUCUUAAUAUUCUAUCCCCAGGUCUUUUAUCUGAUGAUUACAGCUUUGGAAUUUCUGAUGUUCCCUUGAAACGAGGUGGUGGUAAACCAAGACCCUCUUCAUCAUACGCUGGUGCUCAAAAACAGGAACAACAGCUUUCACAGACAACUACGGCCCCAAAACUAUCAGGAUCUCUUUCAGCUGGUGGGAGUUUUAGAAGUGCUGGACAACCAAGUGCUACCGGCAGCCUUAGUGGUGGUCGUGCAUUUGGACGUGGAUCGACUUCAAUUGCAGUUGGAGGUGGAAAUGACGGAGGUGGAAGUGACGGAGGUGGAUCUAUUUACUCGGGGCCGAAGGUUUCAACGACCGUUUCUCCGAUAGGGACUAAGGAUGGGGGCCAUAUCUCUUUGACUGUGCCUAAUACUUCAAGCAGAAGUCCCAGUAUCGCUUCGGUUUUGGCUACACCAGGAGGUGUGGGCCAGCAAUCAAUAAUGUCCAUCGGUCAUUUUGCUUUGGUUCCAACACUGUCUCAUUCAACUCGACUGGAUGCGCCGAUUUUGCAGUACCUUUCGUGGCUAAAAUCAAUACCUACGUUCAUGCAACAAGGACCUCGAGAUUUCCUGCUGUGCCUGGAACGUGUACGCACCCUAACUUGGCUUCUACUUGGCGCCACAAUGCACACUGCUCUCACACGAGAUGCCACAGGACUCACUUGUCGACCUUUGCCCUUUACAUUUGUCAACUCAGUAGCUGAUCUAGUCAAGUUUCUCAUUUCCGGGUUUCCUGACCAACAAAAGAACAUUGUCUGUAAGGAUACCACCAAGAUUGACUACUACAAGCAUCUCUUUAUAGAAAUUAUCGAAUGCGUUUUAGGGAGGAGGCUCUCAAAUCUGCCUCGCUUGUUGACAAAUAAAUACAAGACUACCAACGAACUUUUGCCCCCAGUAGAAGCGCUCAAAACUUAA